AAAAAAAAAAAAAUGUGUUCUUGAGCAGGGCAUCACACCACUCACCUGUAAUUCUAGCACUUGGGAGAUAGAAACAGAAGGAUCUGGAGUUCAAUGUCAUCCUCACUUCUGUAGUAAGUUCAAGACUAUCCUGAACUACAAGAGACCUUGCCUCAGAAUUAUGAUGAUGAUGAUGAUGAUGACGAUGGUGAUGAUGAUGAAGUUUAUUAUACUUUCAAUUUUUUUCUCCAAUUGGGUUACCAUUUCUACAUAUCUAAAUGUGAUCACUUAGAAUUUAAAAACUUCUAUCUUUAGGAAUCCACUAAAUCAUCUAUAAGAUUUCUUCUGGUUUUAAUGUUUUAUGACUUUUUGAUGAAAUGAGGAAUAGAGGCCACACAAGGAGAAAAUGCUAGAAAAAAAUUAGAAGGCAAAGGCUGUGCCCUACUAAUUUUAAUAGUGCUCAAAACAGCACAUGAGAACAUUAGAAAACAGCACUGGGAAAUGAUGCAAUACCAUCCAUCUGUGUGGCAGAAAGGGCACAAGUAUGGGAGCAGGAGGCCUGAAUUGAACUAGAUGAUCUCUAAAGGAGGCCCUCUCCAAAUGCUUGUCCAUGCACCUACUGAACAAACACUUAUUAAAUGCCUACCAUGUGUCAGGAGUAAUGAGCUCUGUCAGUACUGAACCACUGAUUCUGAGGUUAGUGGAGGAGAAUGCUGUGGGGAUGUCUUUUGGUAUGCUGUGAAUAUGUGUUGCUAUGAUUGGUUAAUACAGAAGCUGCUCUGGCCUAUGGCAAUCAGGUUAUAGCCAGGCAGGAAAUCCAAGAGAGAGACAGGAAGAAGAAAGGAGAGUAGCUGGGAGAUGCCAGUCUGCUGCCCAAGGAGCAACAUGCCAGCAGACCAGUAAAGCCAUGGCCACAUGGCAACAUAUAGAUUAAUAUAAAUGGGUUGAGUUAAGUUAUAAUAGCUAGUUAGCUAGCAAGAAGCCUGACCCAUAGGCCAUACAGCUGAUAAUUAAUAUAAGCCUCUGUGUGUUUACUUGGGACCAAGCAGCUGCCGGUUGCAGGUGGGAGAGAUCCAUCCUAACCAUGGGGGAGAUCCAUCCUGACCAUGGGGCGGGACAGGACCAGAGAAACUUCUGACUACAGGAAAAAGGUUUUGUCUAUAUUUGUUAGGAGUGUUAUAACAAGAUACCACAGUUGGGGUGGCUUUAGGGACAAAUUUGAUUUUCUCACAUUUCUGGAGACUGGAAAUCCAAGACUGAGGUACCAGAAGGUCUGAAUCUCUUCUAAAGCCUCUGUCUUUGGCUGACAAAUGGCUGCAAUCUUAGUUGAGAUUGUGAUAGAGUCCCACUGUUGACUGGAUGGCUUAGAACCAGCAGAAAUUUAUUUGUCAUAGUUUCAAAAGUAGGGUUUCUGAGAUCAGAGUUUUGGCAUGAUUGAAUUCAAGUAAGAUUUAUCUCACAGUGUGCAAACAAUUCUCAAACAGUGGAAGCUGAGGGUUCUCGGGGAUCCCUUUCCACAAGGACACAAGUUCCACUCCUGGGAGUUCUACGUUCAUGACCUAAUUAACCCCACAAAGGCCCCACUUCCUAAUAUAAUCACAUUAGGGACUAGAACUCCAACAUAGAAGGCUUUUUUUUAAAGAUUCAUUUAUUGUAUUUUAUGUAUAUGAAUGCUUUGCCCACAUCUAGUAUGUGCACCACAUGCAUGCAGUGCCCCGGAGGCCAGAAGAGGGAGUCAGGUCCCCUGGAACUGGAGUUACAGUAGGUUAUGAACUGCCCCGAACCCAGGUCCUCUGCAACAGCAGUAAGUGCUCUUAACUGCUGCCCUGUCUCCUCAGCCCCAACACAGAGGCUUUAAGGAGACAUAUUCUGUUAGCGUCUUGCCAUAUCAUCAGUCACAUGGUUUUUCCUCUGUGUGUACACAUCCUUAAGACCUUUUUGUUUUAUUUGGUUUUUUGAGACAGGGACAGGUUUUCUCUGUGUAGUCCUGGCUGUCCUGGAACUUACAGUGUAGAUAAGGCUGGCCUCGAACCCACAGAGAUUCUCCUGCCUCUGCCUCCCUAGAGCUGGGAUUAAAGGUGUGUGCCACCACAACCUUUUUCUUAUAAAAUGGCUCAUUUUUUAUAAAAAUGGAUUAAACAACUCCACAAAAGCAUCAUUUUAGCUUAAUUGCCAUUUUCAAAACUCUAUCUCCAAAUAUACUCAUUCUGAGGAAGUAGAGGUUAGAUCUUUAGUAUGUGAAUUUGGGAGGAUAGCAUUCAGGCCAUAACAGAUUUCAAGUCACAAAUUACACAAGAAUAAUUCAAGCACAGUACUCAUCUGUAAUCCCAGCAAUUGGAAUCAGGGUUAGAGAGAUUGCUGAAGGUUCAAAGACAGCUGGACCACAUAGCAAGACCCUUUCCCAACCAAAAAUAACAACAAAAAUGAGCUGGGCAUUGGUGGAGGUGAAAGCUGGGGAAUCAGGUGGAAGCUGGUCUAACCCCAGCUAUAAUAUGGAGACCCUGUCUCAAAGAAAGAAUAGUGUAAACACAGUAAGAAACAUAUGUAGGCAUAUUUUAUUGUUUUCAUGGUGCUAUGGAUCAAAUCCAGGGUAUCAUACAUGUCAGACGAGCACAUAAACUUAGCUAUAUUUCUCAUCUGUCAUUAUUGGUUUUAACAGGAAACAUUGCCAACUAAAACUAGAGGAGGUGUCAUGUGGGCCCAGUUCUAGCUUGAGAUUCUCAAAUCUAUAAGCCUUUCUCUUUUUUAUAAUUUUGCCCUAGUUGUGUGUUGUCAAUUUGACACAAACUAGGGUGCUGCUCAAAUCCUAAAUGGUCUUAUAAUAAAAACCCGGAGUCAGAUAUUGGGGUAAAUACUUAAAGAUCAGAGAGACAGAGGAACAAGCCACAGUCACUUCUCACCUCAACAACUCCACGAAUCUUCUGACCGAAUGUCUCUGAGUCCUCAGCCCAAAGGGCUUUUCAGUUCCUGUCUCCUCCUGCCUUACAUGCCUUUCUCUGCCCAGCCAUAUCACUUUAUGUCUCAACCUUCCUACUGCUGGGAUUAAAGGUGUGUGCCACCACUGCCUGGCUCUGUCUCUUUUAGACUGGAUUAAUCUCAUGUAGUCUAGGGUGGCCUUGAACUCACAGAGAUCCAGGCGGAUCUCUAUCUCUGCCUCCGGAGUGCUAGGAUUAAAGGUGUGUGCCACCACUGCCUGAUCUCUAUGGCUAACUAUGUGGCUGGCUCUGUCCUCUGAUCUUCAGGCUAGCUUUAUUUCUUAGAUUACAAAAAUAUAUCACCACACUAAAGUCAUCUGAAAAGCAGUUGAGAAAAUGCCUCCUUAAGAUUGGCCAGUAGCGGCCGGGCGGUGGUGGCGCACGCCUUUAAUCCCAGCACUCGGGAGGCAGAGCCAGGCGGAUCUCUGUGAGUUCGAGGCCAGCCUGGACUACCAAGUGAGAUCCAGGACAGGCGCAAAGCUACACAGAGAAACCCUGUCUCGAAAAACCAAAAAAAAAAAAAAAAAAAAAAAAAAAAGAUUGGCCAGUAGGAAAGAUGUAGAGUGUUUUCUUGAUUAAUGAUUGAUGUGGGAGGGCCCAGCUCACUAUAUGCAGUGAGACCCCUAGGCAGGUAGUCUUGGGAUAUAUAAGAAAGCAAACUGAGCAAGCCAAGAGGAACAAGUCAGUAAGCAGCCUUUCCUCCAUGACAUCUGCAUCAGUUUCUACCUCCAGGUUCCAACCUUGAGUUCCUACCUUGCCUUCCCUCAAUAAGUGAUGGAGUGUGACCUGAGAGUUGUAAGGUGAAAUAAACCCUUUCUUUCCAAAGUUGCUUUUAGUUUAUGGUGUUUUAUCACAGCAAUAGAAACCCUAAGACAAAUUUUGUAUUGUAUCUAAUUAAUGUAUUUUUCCGUGGGUGGGUACACAUGCAACACACAGGAAAUGUGUGAAAGUCAGAGGACAGACCUCAGGAGCCAAUAUUCUUCUUCUACCAUAUGAGUCCCAAAGAUGGAACUCAGGUUGUCAAGCUUGGCAGCAGGUCCCAGCUAAGCUAUCACCAGCCCUUAAACCUUCAUCUUCUGUUGUCAUCCAAAUAUUUUAGGGGUGGGCUUGGUGGAAAGCACCAAUAAUCACAGCUACCAGGAAGCAGAUUCAGAUGGAUCACUAAAGGCCAGGAGCCAGAUGAACAUUGAGCUGUAUAGCAAGACCUUGUCUCAAAUACAUGGAGGUGGUAGAAUCAGAUAACAACAUAGGCUUGGAUACAACGUGUCUGUCCCAGAGGAACAAACACAAAUACCAUUCUCUUAAUAGUCAACUGAAUUGUGGAUUCAAACACAUCAACUUAGAGUUCAGGUGGAAAUUUUGGUUUACAGUUAUCUGCUCCUUGCUCUCACCUAAGUUACCAGUAUUUUAAUGAGGGAUGUGGAGGUUGCAGUCCCAAUAGCCCCAUCAUGUCUUCCCUUAGAUUCAGAAGCCAUUUUCUUCACUUUCUCAGCUAAGGUUUUCAGUAGGCCUGAUUUUUUUUUCUUUUAAGAUUUAUUUUUGCUUUGUACAUGAGUGCCUGUGGAAGUCAGAAGAGGGCACUAGAUGAUUACAGAUGAUUGCAAGUCACCAUGUAGGUGAUGGGACUCAAAACUGAGUUUUCUCUGCAAGAGCAGCAAGUGCCUUUAACCACUGGGCCAUCUCUCCAGGGUUUAGGAUAGAUUUUUAAGUCUCAGUUCUUUACCCAUUUACAAUAUCCUUCUUUUGGAGUUCCCUAGAGCUCUGCAGUGGAAGGUAGAACAGACAGAGACACAUAGACACAGAGAUUGUGCUGAUCUAGGUACUCAGGUAGCACAACAAUGGAGGAUAGGGGCACAGAGAGCUUUCCCUUUCCAGUAUCUGGAAGUUAACCACAUGUGUUUGCCUCCAACAGGAGUCGCCAGAAGCCAUGGUGACCAACGCCAGGCUUCUAGAAGAUGGCUCCGGGAAGGUGGCCAAGAAUGUGAAUGCAGAGAUUGGUUCCUGAGAACCCCAAAGAGAAAAUCCACACCAGUGCUGGAGCCACAAAGGAAGCAGUGUCCCUGUGAUCAUGUCAAGGGCAGUGAGAAAAAAAACAGACACCAAAAGCACCACAGGAAGCCAAACAAGCCCUCCAGAACCUGCCAACAAUUUCUCAAACGAUGUCAACUAGCAAGUUUUGCUCUGCCCUUAUAGUUCUGAGACUCUACUCUUUCAAGUGAACACUCUCGGUGAAAAAGAGGUGAUCAACCCUCGAGCAUGUUCUUGUUCUCCCCACCCCCAUUCUCACCAAAAGCAUCCCAGUGCUCUCAGAAGGCACUGCCCAGCAUAUUGGCUACUGUGCUCUCUAUUGCCAUCUUCUCUCAUCACUAUUGAUUUCAAUAUGGGUUAAAUAAUUUAAAAUGACAGUCUCCCUUCCUCUUUUUAUUUAGCUCCCAGGUCUGUUCCCAGAAUCUUGAUGUUGGUACUUUUAUUUCUUAGGUGAAAUAAGAUUCAUGUUCCUAUUGUGUGUUUUUUUAAACCAACAGACUACAAAGACCUUCUGAGAAACCAGGUCAGUUUGAUAGACUUUCUGAAACUGGCCAAUCACAAUGAUGUCAAAAACUUGGACAAUGUGUUUGUGCUAAAUGCUAACAGCAAAAAGUUCUGCUUUUGUUUAAGCUUUGCUUGCUUGCAGAGGUCAUGGAAGACCCAUAUAAGAUUCUCUCUGCUGCAGCUUACAUUCUCCUACUCCCAAGGAGGGGACUGUAAAUUAGGCCCAGCCGUGAAUAAAUUUUACCCUGCAGUAUCUCGGUGUUUAACUCCUGAUGUUUGGCACCAGGACACUUAUCUCUUCUGUUUACCCUAAAAGAAUCAAGGAAACCUGAGCCUCCUAUUGAUCUCACUUGACCAUUAGGAAUUUAGCAAAUAAAAUAAAUAAUGCAUAUAUAUAAUGCAAAUGUAUGAUAUAUGAGUAUCAGUUAUUUCAAUCAAAUGGGGUCUGACUUACUCACAUUCAAUCCACAUGUCACCCUCUGCCCUGUUCAUUGGAAACCCAUCCCAGAUUCUACACACACUUUUCCUUCCUUGACCCUCUUUCUCUCUCCAUUGCCUAAUUCUUUAUUCUUUCACUCAUUCUAAGGUGCAACAUCUGGAUGGGGCAUAGAAAGCAGGUAAAACACUGAAUCA